AUGGAGCCAUCGGGGUCCCAGCGGCGUGGGGGUGAGCCCAGCUGGUGGGGCAGCGCCCCCCAAUACCAGUACAUGCCCUUUGAGCACUUCACCAGCUACGGACUGCCCUCCGAGAACGGGGGUCUGCAGCACAGGCUCCGGAGGGACGCGGGCCCCCGUGCCAACGCCCACCCCACACAGAUCUAUGGCCAUCACAAAGGGCAGUUAUCAGGCAAGGAACAGGACACCGAGAUCCCCAAGACGAUGGGCUCCAGUGCUUCCAUGGACAGCAAGGACGAGGAUCACUAUUCUAAAUGUCAAGAUUGUAUGCACCGCCUGGGACUCGUGGUGAGAAGGAAGUUAGGGGAAGACUGGAUCUUUCUGGUGCUUCUGGGGCUCCUGAUGGCUCUGGUUAGCUGGUGCAUGGAUUAUGUCAGUGCCAAAACGCUUCAGGCCUACAAGUGGUCCUACUACCAGAUGCAGCCCAGCCUGCCUCUGCAGUUCCUGGUCUGGGUCGGCUUCCCCCUAAUCCUCAUCCUCUUCAGCGCCCUCUUCUGCCAGCUCAUCUCUCCCCAGGCCGUCGGCUCUGGAAUCCCUGAAAUGAAGACAAUUCUUCGCGGGGUGGUCCUGAAGGAGUAUCUCACCCUCAAGGCCUUCGUGGCCAAGGUAGUGGCCCUGACCGCAGGACUGGGCAGUGGCAUUCCUGUGGGGAAAGAGGUAAGACUCCAGUUCCUGCGGGGUGAGCGGGGCAGGCCUUCCAGCAGAGGGCGCCACAGACAGCCAUACUAUUACACUGACAUGCUGACGGUGGGCUGUGCCGUGGGAGUCGGCUGCUGUUUUGGGACACCUCUUGGAGGAGUGCUGUUUAGCAUCGAGGUCACCUCUACCUACUUCGCUGUGAGGAACUACUGGCGAGGAUUCUUUGCAGCCACGUUCAGCGCCUUUGUUUUCCGAGUGCUGGCCGUGUGGAACAAGGAUGCUGUCACCAUCACAGCCCUCUUCAGAACCAAUUUCCGAAUGGACUUCCCCUUUGACCUGCAGGAACUCCCAGCCUUUGCGAUUAUCGGGAUUUGCUGUGGGUUCCUGGGAGCUGUGUUUGUGUAUCUGCAUCGCCAAGUCAUGCUCGGCGUCCGAAAGCACAAAGCCCUCAGCCAGUUUCUGGCUAAGCACCGCCUGCUCUAUCCUGGAAUCGUCACCUUUGUCAUCGCCUCCUUCACCUUUCCACCAGGAAUAGGGCAGUUUAUGGCUGGAGAGCUGAUGCCUCGGGAAGCCAUCAGUACCCUGUUUGACAACAAUACGUGGGUAAAACAUACCGGGGACCCCGAGAGCCUGGGCCGGUCAGCUGUGUGGAUCCACCCCAAAGCCAGUGUUGUUAUCGUCCUCCUCCUCUUCUUCAUCAUGAAGUUCUGGAUGUCCAUCGUGGCCACCACCAUGCCCAUACCCUGCGGAGGUUUCAUGCCUGUGUUCGUUCUUGGAGCUGCAUUCGGAAGGCUAGUAGGAGAGAUCAUGGCCAUGCUUUUCCCAGAUGGUAUCUUAUUUGAUGACAUCAUCUACAAGAUCCUACCUGGGGGCUACGCAGUUAUUGGAGCAGCAGCGCUGACUGGUGCGGUGUCCCACACAGUCUCCACAGCCGUGAUUUGCUUCGAACUAACGGGUCAGAUUGCUCACAUCCUACCCAUGAUGGUGGCUGUUAUCUUGGCCAACAUGGUGGCUCAGAGCCUGCAGCCCUCCCUUUAUGACAGCAUCAUCCAGGUCAAGAAGCUACCCUACUUGCCUGACCUUGGUUGGAACCAGCUCAGCAAAUUUACAAUCUUUGUUGAGGACAUCAUGGUACGGGAUGUGAAGUUUGUUUCAGCUUCCUGCACAUACGGGGAGUUGCGAAACCUGCUCCAGACCACCACAGUCAAGACUUUACCACUGGUUGAAUCAAAAGAGUCAAUGAUCCUGCUGGGCUCCGUGGAGCGGUCAGAACUUCAGUCCCUCCUGCAGCGUCACCUGUGUCCUGAGCGGAGGCUGUGGUUGGCCCAGGACAUGGCGAGGAAGCUGUCCGAGCUGCCCUUCGACGGGAAGGUGCGGCCGGCUGGGGUGGGGCGCUCUGGUGUCUGGCCCCAGGGUCGACCCGAGUCCUUUGCCUUUGUGGAUGAAGAUGAAGAUGAGGAUCUCUCCGGGAAGCCCGAGAUGCCUUCUCUUCCUCCUCGUCACUCCCUUCCUACUGAUCCACUGCCCUCCGAAGAGCCCAAUGGGCCCCUGCCCAGCCACAAACAGCAGCUGGAAGCACUGGAGUCUACAGGUCCAAGACCCUCCAUCUUCCGGUCCCUGCUUCGCUGCUUGCUAGGCAGAGCUCGCCCCAAAAAGAAGAAAGUGACCCAGGAUUCAACGGAUUUAGUGGAUAACAUGUCUCCUGAAGAGAUUGAGGCCUGGGAGCAGGAGCAGCUGGGCCUGCCUGUCUGUUUUGACUCUUGCUGUAUCGACCAGUCCCCCUUCCAGCUGGUGGAGCAGACGACUCUGCACAAGACCCACACCCUCUUCUCCCUCCUGGGCCUCCACCUUGCUUAUGUGACCAGCAUGGGGAAGCUGAGGGGCGUGCUGGCCCUGGAGGAGCUGCAGAAGGCCAUUGAGGGACACACCAAGUCUGGGGUGCAGCUCCGCCCCCCUCUUGCCAGCUUCCGGAGUACAACUUCCACUCGGAAGAACACCGGGGUCCCGCUUCCUCCUGCAGAGGGCUGGAGUCUGCCUGACGACGGAGCUGGGGCCACUGGGGCAGGGGACGUGACCCCUGCUUCCCCAGAGACCCCCGUGCCACCCCCCUUCCCAGAGCACCCCCUCUCCCAGACUCCGGCCAAGGCAGAGAGCGAGCUGGAAGAGCUGGAGCUGGUGGAGGGGCCAGGGCCCGAGGAGGAGGAGCUGGCUGACAUCCUGCAGGGCCCCAGUCUGCGCUCCACCGAUGAGGAGGAUGGGGAUGAACUGAUCCUUUGACUGCCUCUUGCACCUCCUCUCACGGAGGCUGUCCAGGGACUCAGGAGAGAGGGCGUACCAUGUGGGAGAGGGUGCUUCCUGAAGCUGGUGGGGAUCACAUCAAUACACGGCCUCUCCUGGGAGUUUUAAAAAAUGUGAUCCUUGGAGGAGGAGCUGGAA